GACUCCGACUCGGUUCAAGGUGGUUCACAUGCCUGCGCACUGCGCGCAACACGACGCACAAAACGGGAUUAUUCCAUUUGCAAACAAAAGAAAAAUUAUAAAACAAAAUUCUAGGAUUUAUUAAAGCUUCUGCAUCUUUUGACGUGGUUGAAGAAACUUUCUGAACAAAGCUGUCAAAGCAAUGAAAGCCUGGAGAGUUGGCUUACUUUGCUUAGUGGUAUUGAACGCAGCAGUUCGUUAUGUGACUUCUUUGGAGCAAGAACUGGCCGAUUCUAUUUUGGGUAAAUUCCUGGAUCCCGUCAAAGACUUGUCUGAGCAGAAGUAUGACGCCAAUGAAACGGUGGCCAGAUUCUCCCUACGCAGACCCUCCCACCCAGAAGAUGACCUGUGCUACAUCCUACCCGGCCGAGCUGACUCGCUGGCGGCCUGUGCCUUCAACAGCACUUCCAAAACCUUCCUCAUCAUCCAUGGGUGGACGUUGAGCGGCAUGUUUGAAAGCUGGGUGGCGAAGUUGGUGUCGGCGCUGUACGAGCGAGAGCAGCUGGCCAACGUCAUCGUGGUGGACUGGCUCAGUACGGCCCAGAACCACUAUGUGGUCGCGGCCCAGAACACCAAGGCGGUGGGGCAGGAGGUGGCCCGCUUUAUUGACUGGAUUGAGGAAACCACCAAUAUUCCACUUGACAACUUGCAUCUGAUUGGCUACAGCCUCGGUGCUCAUGUGGCAGGCUUUGCGGGGAGCCAUGCCACCAAUAAAGUUGGAAGAAUAACAGGUUUGGACCCGGCCGGGCCUGACUUUGAGGGCGAGCACGCCCACAGGCGCCUCUCCCCGGAUGACGCCGGCUUCGUGGACGUCCUCCACACCUUCACCCGAGGCUCUUUGGGUCUCAGUAUCGGCAUCCAGCAGCCUGUGGGCCAUGUUGACAUCUACCCAAAUGGAGGCAGCUUCCAGCCGGGCUGCAAUUUAAGAGGCGCUCUGGAAAAGAUUGCCAAAUUUGGGAUAUUUGCCAUUACCGAUGCGGUCAAGUGCGAGCACGAGCGCUCCAUCCACCUCUUCAUUGACUCGCUGCUGAACGAGGAGGAGGCGGCCAAGGCCUACCGUUGCAGCAGUAACGACAGGUUUGACCGGGGAAUGUGCCUCAACUGCCGCAAAAACCGCUGCAACACGGUGGGCUACGACAUCAGCAAGGUCCGCAAGGUGCGCAACGUACAGUUGUACACCAAGACCAGAGCCACCAUGCCCUUCAGAGUUUAUCACUACCAGCUGAAGAUCCACUUUUCCAGUAAAGUGAACCGCUCAGAGAUGGAGCCCUCACUGACCGUCUCGCUGUUCGGAACCAAAGGAGAGGUGGACGACCUGCAGCUUAAGUUGAAGGAGAAAAUAUCAGCAAAUAGGACGCAUUCCUUCCUACUGGUGACCGAGAAGGACAUCGGUGAGCUGUUGAUGUUGACGUUCAAGUGGGAGGAGUCCAACGGCUGGUCGGCUUCCAGUAUGUUGAGGAUGGUUUCCUCCUGGUGGUCCGGCCACUCCGACAGCGCCGACAUGGAGGUGCAUAAAAUUCGCAUUCGGGCUGGAGAGACGCAGCAAAAGGUUGUAUUUUGCAUCAAAGAUCCCGAUUCUACCAACUUAACGCAUGAGCUUACCUUUGUCAAAUGUAAGGACUCGUGGCGAGCGAAUCCAAAACGCACAUCCAAAAGAAUCACCUUGGAGGCUCACUGACCCUGCAGAGAAAACAACCUUCACUACCCCGUGCGUCCUUUUGCACUUAGUAAAUAAUUUAUUUGAUGUCUCGUAACAAAAAAAAAGCCUCGCACUGACUUGUAUAUAGCAGUAUAUCCUUUUUUUUUUUUUUUUUUUAAACAUCACUUAAUAUUGUAAACUGUUAGUUUGGUUUUAUGCGUAAUUAAUCAAUGUAUCAUUAGUGCCGAAAGAGAUAGACUAAUGUUAACUUCCCAAAGAGACAGGGGUGUGUUUUUUUAUUUUAUUUUUAUUUUUUUUGUAGUUGUUAUCAAGGUGUUCUACGCAAUAGCGUCUCGAUGUACUGUACGACAUAUACUGUAUUUAACCUAACAAAGCAUUCACCACUGUGGCCCUGCAUGUGACUGCAGGACUGGAUCAGUGUGCCUUAAGCCCAACAAAGCGCUUUGUUGUCGGGUGUGCAUUUUAUUGGUGCUUUAUUUUUGUUAUGACUGCAAAGAGAUGUUACUCUACUGUCUUUCUACUCAGUUACAAUGAAAUAUUACUCGUCUGGUACCUCAACAAACACCUGAUGUUGUUUUAAUGUGUUUUUUUUAAUGCUGUAUAAUAAUGCUUGGUAAUAUUACAUUAUUUGUGUGUGACCACAAGAGAUCGGUACGGUAAUCAUUGUGACUUUAUUUCCCAUCUCAAAAACACGUGCACAUAUUCUGUUUUUGCACUGAUUGCAUGGGUGGGGCAUUUUUAAACCAUGUACAGGAGGGAUUUGUAAAUAAGCAAUAAUUGACUUGACUUGUAAAAAGCACUGGCUUGGGUUUUAUCUGUUGUCCUUGUACAUAAUUUAAAUACGUAGUGUUAUAAUGUGUAUAUUUAAUAAACAACACAUGAGAGGUCA